CUAUCUGACCCGGAGCAUCAACGGUCUAAAUCCUCCACCGUCAUCUGCGAUUGCGAAAUACAAAGCUUUGUUAACAAAGCAAUUAUCACCAUGCUGCAAGAUCCACCGGAACUGGAAGUCUGCAAUCACAACACGUGACUUCCCUUCACACAUACGUAUAUAUGUACAAGUUGCCGUUGGUGUCAAAAGAGGAAGCCAAAGAGUCCAAUACUAUAAAUGCUCUCCUCCCCUAGCCACUCUCAUCCAAUCUCUAUCUUUGUUUAGUUUUUACGAAAUUCGUUGUUCGAAUUUAUUUGCUUGUUUUGUGACUAACGAAGUACUGUCAAUAUGAGAGAGGGAAAAGGCUCCUCCAGCACUCACAUUUUUCAACUUCUGUUGUUGCUACUUCUCUGUUAUGCGACAAGAACAGAAGGCGGCUCAAUUUCUCCUGCUCCUUCCCCCGGUGUCGAGCCUAUUGCUCCUGCUCCUUCACCAGCACAAUGUACACUAGAAUUUUCAUUUGCUGAAAUUGCGAUGAGCAAAAGCGCAGUCGAUUGCUAUGAUUUCUUCAAUCCAUUUUUGAACAAUGCGGUCUGUUGUCCUCAAUUUCGUGCUACCCUUGAUAUUCUUAUGGGACAAUCAAGCAAAAACACAGGGUCUCUUGUUUUAGAUCAAGAACAAGCAAUGAUCUGUCUAUUUGAAGUUAACCAAAUCCUUUAUAAUAGAGGUACAGAUGAGGAUGUUGGAAGCUAUUGUUCAAUUCCUCCUACAUACCUAGCCGAAGGCUCUUGCCCUGUAACACAUGUCAGUGAGUUCGAAAGCAUUGUUAACUCUACAAGACUUUUAGAUGCCUGUAGAAAGAUUGAUCCGGUUAAUGAGUGUUGUAAACAAGACUGUCAACGUGCCAUAUUAAGAGCCGCCAUAGAAAUUGCAUUGAAGAGUUCAUCAGCUUCUCAUGGAGUGCGUCUCUCGACUAAAAUUAAAGAUUGUAAGAAUAUUGUUCGCCGCUGGCUGGCCAGUAAACUUGAUCCUUCUUCGGCUAAUGGUGUUCUUAGAGCGCUUACUAGUUGCGAGAUUAAUAAAGUCUGUCCUCUGGAUUUUCCUGAAGUCACUGAUGUUUCAAAAGAAUGUGGAGGUGUAAUAAGCAACAGCACUUCUUGCUGCACUGCCAUGGAGUUUUACAUGACCUACUUGCAAGAGCAGACCCUUCUCACCGAUUUGCAAUCGGUGAAUUGUGCCAUAUCACUAGGGAAGAAGUUGCGGAAAGCUAAUGUCACCCAAAAUGUAUACAGUCUGUGCAAUAUAAAACUCAUGGACUUCACUGCUCAAGGGCAAUCUAAUGGAGGGUACUCUGGUUGCCUUCUACCAAGAGUGCCUGUGGAUGCAAUAUAUAACAAUCCUUCAGGGCUUGGUGUCAGUUGCAAUAUUAAUGGCGAUGUUGAAGCUCCUUGGCGCUCUAAUUCUUCUAUGCCUUAUUCCUACUGCUAUAAGAGUAUCUAAUUCCAGCACUUCCCCUUCAGCUACAUCUGCACAAGAUGAUAUGGGCUCCAAUUUUCAUUACUUUGUCUUCCCUCCCUACUUUAAGUGUAUUGGAAUAAUGGAUGCUAUGGCUUCCACCAACUCUUCUUAUCUGAUAGAAGAGACAGCACAAACAAUAAUUAAUCAAUUCCAUAUCGUUUAUGGAGCUCUUGUUCAUGUAAUUGCGGGGGACUUCUCCCCCUUUGCUUCUUAAUGAAAGGUGUUGUUCUAAAAAAAAUAAUUUAUGA